GACCAACUAUUCACCAACAAGACAUCAACAGCAACAAGACAUCAACAGCAACAAGAACUCAAAGAUCAACUGCUUUUACAAGACAAAGAUGGCCAGCAACAAUGGUCCCUGAAUCACUACGAGUCACUGUCACUGCUCAGUCAGUGUGGUCACUUCUCCAAACCUUUGACUGGUGCAGCGUUUCUUGGUUUUCCAAGGCCCACAGUGUUUUCAUGAGCGGUGGGCAGUGCUUCUCAGUGCUUCCCUGUCCCUGGUGAUUGGCUACAAAAACGCAGAUGAAAGAGAUCAGGAUCGUGCUUGUUGGAAAGACUGGAGCUGGGAAGACUACAACAAUGUACAAGCUCCUGGGCAAGGAGAAUCCAGAAGCUGGCUUCAAGUCUGCUUCCUCAAGAACAACAGAGUGCAAGAUAGAGACAGUAGAGAAAGAUGGAUACAGACUGGUUGUUGUUGAUACUCCAGGUGUGGAUAACACUAAGCUCACAGAAGCUGCGGUGAAGAAAGAGAUAGUCAAAUGCAUGACAUAUGCUGCUCCUGGUCCUCACGUGAUCCUGUAUGUGCUGAAGGCAAAGCAUUUUACAACUGAAGAUUGCACAGCAAUUGAGAUCAUUCAGAAAAUGUUUGGUGGUAAAGAGUCCAAAAAUUACACGAUGGCCUUGUUCACCCGUGGAGAUGAUCCUGAAAUAUCAAUCAUGGAGGAUAAGCACAUGAAAGCAUUCUGUGACCAGUACUAUUCUUUUGUCAGCAACGGUGAUGUGUCAGAGCUCCUGAACAAGAUCAAAGACAUGGUUAAAGAAAACCAAUUUUACACCAAUGAUAUGUUUAAGAAGGCACAGGAAGUCCUAGAGCAGGAAAUUAAGAAAAAGGAGGUGAAGGGCAUGACACCCAAAAUUGCAACAGAUGAUCUGGCCCGUGCAGUUGAUGUUUUGUUGGCGUUGACCAUAGGCGAACCAUGGAAAAGUGUAGUGGAUGAUGUAGUUAAUAUUGUGAGUAAGAAAGUCGAACAAUGUGCUACACAGUGAAUUGUCCAUAAUAAGCUGAAAAUCCACUGAAAUUCCAAAAGUUAUGAACCAGGAAAAUCAUUGUUGUAAAAGGGUGUAAAUGAGUGUUUUCCAUCUUUUUCUGUUUUCAUAGAGGGAAUAUCAUUUCCACAGCAGCCAUUUUGGUGUAACCAAUGAUACUGGUUUCAUUCCAUUUAGUGUAGCAGAACCAUUCCAGUGUGUGAACAGCAGCACCCUGACUGACUUUCAAUCUUAAGAGACACUACAGGUGAAUAGAAGACAAAUUCUAACUGAUACAUAUCACCAUGAAACUUUGCCAAACACCUAAAUGUGUAUUUUGGAAUGAUCUGAUCCUCAAACAGUGAGCUACGUGCUACUAUAACUGUGUUUCAAAUGUGCCCGGGGACGUUUAUUGCAUGUCACCCCCCUUCUUUAUUCUCAUGCUUCCUGUCUUUUCCCUCUACUGUCAAUAAAUGUAAAAUGCAGUGUAUGAAUGCAUUAUGUCAUGCAACAUUAACAUUGUCACAUAUAAACAAUAUAUAAAAAUGUUAAAAUCUGAUUGUUGAAUCAUUGCUAUCAAUAUUAACUUUCUUAUCAGAGUAAAAGUUGUUAAUACAACAAAAUCACAUCAGCAAAUAAAAGAUGAUGCAAACAGAA